GUCUGGGCGCGCAGUUCAGUUCAGCUUCUUAGCAAUGGAGCCCCGCCACGACUGGAUGUUGUCGCGCAUGAACCGCGCGGCUGAGGAGUUUUAUGCUCGUCUUCGGCAGGAAUUUAAUGAAGAGAAGAAAGGAGCCUCUAAAGACCCAUUCAUCUAUGAGGCUGAUGUACAAGUGCAGUUGAUCAGCCAAGGCCAACCAAGUCUUCUGAAAACUAUUCUAAAUGAAAAUGACUUAGUGUUUCUUGUAGAAAAAGUGGUUUUGGAGAAGGAAGAAACAAGUCAGGUUGAAGAACCGCAGUCUGAAGAGACGGAUAUUUCUGAUCUCUCCGCCGGUGGAAAUAUUGGGCCACUGGCCUUGCCUGUCGGGAGAGCAAGGCAGUUAAUUGGGCUUUAUACCAUGGCUCACAAUCCUAAUAUGACUCAUUUGAAGAUUAAGCAGCCAGUGACAGCCCUUCCUCCUCUUUGGGUGAGAUGUGACGGUUCAGAUCCUGAAGGUACCUGUUGGCUAGGAGCUGAACUCAUCACAGCAAAUGACAUCAUUACAGGCGUUACCCUGUAUGUGCUCACUUGUAAAGCUGAUAAAAAUUACUGUGAAGAUCUGGAAAAUCUAAAAAAUUCACAUAAGAAAAGACAUCACGUGUCUGCUGUGACAGCCAAAGGCUUUGCCCAGUAUGAGCUCUUUAAGUCUGAUGACUUGGAUGACCCUGUUACCCCAUCACAAACUACAGUCACUCUGGAUCUUUCCUGGAGCCCUGUGGAUGAGAUGCUUCAAACCCCUCCCCUGUCUUCAACUGCAGCUCUGAAUAUCAGAGUACAAUCAGGAGAGCCCAGAGGUUGUUUGAGUCAUCUUCACAGAGAACUGAAAUUUCUCCUUGUUUUAGCUGAUGGCAUCAGGACUGGUGUAACUGAAUGGCUUGAACCUCUGGAAACAAAAUCUGCUCUUGAAUUUGUUCAGGAAUUUCUGAAUGACUUAAAUAAACUGGAUGAAUUUGAUGAUUCUACAAAAAAAGAUAAACAAAAAGAGGCAGUGAACCAUGACGCGGCUGCAGCUCUCAGGUCUAUGCUUGUCACGGUGCGGGGGGAUCUAGAUUUUGCUGAACAGCUUUGGUGCAGAAUGAGCAGCAGUGUGGUUUCCUAUCAAGACUUGGUGAAGUGUUUCACACUGAUCCUGCAGAGUCUGCAGCGUGGUGAUAUACAGCCAUGGUUGCACAGUGGGAGUAAUAGUUUACUAAGUAAGCUCAUUCAUCAGUCUUACCAUGGAGCUAUGGACAGUGUCCCUCUCUCUGGAACUACCCCACUGCAGAUGCUUUUGGAAAUUGGUUUGGACAAACUGAAGAAAGAUUAUAUCAGCUUUUUUGUCAGUCAGGAACUUGCAUCUUUGAAUCAUUUGGAAUACUUCAUUUCUCCAUCAGUAUCGACACAGGAACAGGUUUACCGUGUUCAGAAACUCCAUCAUAUUCUUGAAAUAUUAGUCAUCUGCAUGCUUUUCAUUAAACCUCAACAUGAGCUUCUCUUCUCUUUAACACAAUCCUGCAUCAAAUAUUACAAACAAAAUCCUCUUGAUGAGCAACACAUUUUUCAGUUGCCAGUCAGACCAGCUGCUGUCAAGAAUUUGUAUCAAAGUGAGAAGCCUCAGAAAUGGCGAGUGGAGCUCAUCAGUAGUCAGAAGAAGGUGAAAACAGUGUGGCAGCUGAGUGACAGCUCCCCUGUAGACCAUUCCAGUUUCCACAGGCCUGAGUUUCCUGAGCUGACACUGAAUGGUAGUCUGGAAGAAAGGGCAGCCUUCAUUAACUUGCUUACCUGCAGCCAGGUACACUUCAAGUAAUGCGCGCUGCAGGUCCUUACGAGGUGUCUUCUCUCCGCACAAAACAAAAAGGGGAAAAAUAAUGAGUUAAUUUUCAGAGCCUAAAAAAUAGACAUCACAUGAACUUUUGCAGAAGAAAAGAAGAGUGAUCCUGAAGAGAUGUUCUGACAGAUGAAGGUGGAAAGGAGGUCUCAUCUCAGUCGCGUCUCCUGAGGAGAAGUGUCAGCAUCAGGGCAGCAGUGAGGAUGGAGAGGGCACAGACUGUGGGGACCACAAUCUCUAAAACCACGUGACUGUGCCUAAGCAAGGGCUCUGAAAGGGACAGAUACAUCCACCACAAGUGAGCUGUGUUUUGAAACAAAAGCUAAAGGAGAUGGGCCACUGUGUUUCUAAUUUUUCUUAUUGAUUGUAAAAGUAAACCAGUAAAUCAAACAUUUUGAAAUGGAGUUUUGGAGCCAUGGGACAAAGGCAUCAUGUUCACUUGGUAUGCACACACCUUUUGGGAAACCUUACCAUCACACAAAACUUACAUCAGAGCUGGAAAUGUAACAGAAAAUCUGGGGGGUGCCUAACUUUGUUUAUUUCACUGGUAUUUUAUUAAGCUUGAGUAUGGUUAAUAUUUAUGCUGGCAUUGCAUUAAUCUCAAAAGAUUUGCACUUAUAUUCCGUGGGUUCUCUAGGUUUUAGUCCAAAUCUUUUGAACUGGGUGUGGCAGUACACAUCUUUAAUCCCAGCACUGAGGAGGCAGAGGCAGCCUGGUCUACAGAGCAAGUUCCAGAAAAGCCACAGCUACACAGAGAAACCCUGUCUCAAAAGAAAAGAAAAAAAGAAUCCUUGGGAAACAUUUUCAGCUUUUUGAGUUUGUUAUUCUCAAUAUACCUUUAUCCUCAUAUAUUAUAAUUUCUAAUGGUAAUUCUAAUAUUUCUUUGUAAACACAAAAAUUUACUAAAAUGUUAAAUUAUUUAAUAA